GCUUUAUCCCUCGUGUGACACACAGUGAAACAAACCAAAACCUCACCCACUCUCACAGUCACACCACAUGCUGCAGGACCGCUCGCUCAGGAUGGCGACACACAGAAAAUGCCAUAAAUCCUCAGAUGUUGCUUUCUUAGUCUGUAUUUUUGCUGUCUUAUUUCAAGCUGUGAUUUGUGAAGAUUCGGAAGGCAUCAUCCGUGGGGAUAAUGAUUUAGUUGCUCCAACAGUAAAGGUGCAUGUCAAAGGAGUUUCUCAGAUCCAGAUUGUCGUUUUCCCAACCAUUUUACCUGAUUCAUGGACCUCAGAGACACCAGGAGUGGACAGUGAGACCACUCAACCAACUCAACCUGACACACAGACCCCAGAUCAGACCCACUCAAACCCACCUGAAAAAAACAGUGUUACUUCAAAGGGCAAUGUGGUCUGUGUGGAUAAAAUACCAGUGCGCUACAAAUAUGAUGUGCUGCUGAAACUAAAGGCCUCCUCCACAUGUGAAGAGACUAAAGCCAGGAUACAGAGUGUUCUAGAACAUCUUUGUGGUGAAGAUUGCAAACUUGAAAUCUAUCAGAAAGACAACACAGAUGAGAUCAUGGUUUAUGGAGACAGCAUUGAAGCUGAUCCUGAAGGAAUGGCUGGGAAGUUCAACAAUGACAACAUUACCGAUAAGGUGGAAGUGGAUGAGGCGGUGUCUCGCAUGGGCCAGCGCUCUAAAAUUGUCUUGAUUUCUCUUCUGAUUGCGGGUUUGCUUCUUGCUGCUUUGCUAAUAGCUGGAUACUUUCUAAAGACUCAUCGAGGACAAUCAAAAGGGCUACGACUGGCUGAGGACUCCUUCCAAGUGGAUCAAGAUAACCAAGGCAACACACUGCUGUCUGUGGCUCCUCUGCCUCAACAGGAGCCUCUGGACAAGCCCAUCAUCAACGGCGAGUCUCCAGAUUCACCCCCCACCAAUGGACACUCUGCCACCCAAUCACAAGUGGCCGAUACUCUGAUGUAAGAGGCUCGAGUCAACAUCAAUCCAAUGAUCAACAAGAGUCAACAAACAUCAUGGGCUAUCAUACACAACAACAUUAGGUGUGAUGAAAACUACAACUGAGAUGAUGCUGAGAGAAACAAUCAUGAAAGUAUGAAAAAACUGUUACGUGAGAAGACUAGGCAGCUAGGCAACUAAAUCUGCCCCAGUUGAGUCUGAAAUUUUAGCAGCAUAUGAAUAAUAACGCUUCAGAAACAACAUCUAUUAUGUACAAACAUCAAACAUUUACACUUUCAAAUAUGUUUUUACUGCAACAGUGCAAAAAUUCUUUAGAGAUCUUCCAUGCCAAAGCUUCUCUUAAGGAAUUCGCAAACUGUUAAAUGAUGAAUAGGAUUUGUAUUAUACGUUUACAUGAGCCAAAAUCUCAAGUAUCCAUUUUCAGUAUGGAACGCAUUCUCAAGUCUACAACUGCUGCAGUAGUAAUGGUUAACAAUCAAGUAUCUUUGUUAACAUUAGUUAAUACAUUAAAGGGAUAGUUCAUCCAAAAAUGGAUGUUCUGUCAUCAUUUACUCACCCUCAAGUUGUUCCAAACCUGUAUGAAUUUCUUUCUUCUGCUGAACACAAAAGAUAUUUUGAAGAAUAUCAGUAACCAAACAGUUAAUGGGCCCUUUUGACAAAAUACUACGGAAGUCAAUGGGGCCCAUCAACUGUUUGGUUACCAACAUUCUUCAAAAUAUCUUCUUUUGUGUUCAGCAGAAGAAAGAAAUUUAUACAGGUUUGGAACCACUUGAGGGUGAGUAAAUGAAGACAGAAUAUUCAUUUUUGGGUGAACUAUCCCUUUAAGUAUCAUGAAAUAACGAUAAAAAAAAAAAAACUUUUACAGCAUUUAUUAAUCUACGUUAAUGCUAAUUUCUACAUAUACUACAUAUUUGAACAUCAAAAAUGAACAUUAAAGUAUUAUGAAUGAAGAUGAAUUAACAAUGAACAAUAGUAUAUUCAUGAAUUAACAUCAACUUAGACGAAUAAAUGCUUUAAAAUGUAAAAGUUGGUUCAUGAUACCAAAUUCAUAAAUGUUAAUGAAUUGAACCUCAUUGUGAAGUGUUGUCCUUAUAUUUUCAGGUAUUUCAGAACAGUUUACUAUUGUCUGCAUUCAACAGUUCUUAAAAUUAGGAUACGCUCAGUGGAUUUUUGCAUGCUAGCAUAUGGUUCUCAACCCUGGCGUUUCUCUGACAUAAAUGCAGUCAGUCGCCUAUGUUAGGGUUUUCUACUUGAUACUUUUGAUUUGAUUCACUUCACUAAUGUUCAGGAUUUUUAUGCAUUUCAGACAUUUAUGCAUUUGGCAGAAGCUUUUAUUCAAAGUAACUCGAACAUUCAAAAUACAUUUAUUCUGUAUGUGUGUUUCCUGGAAACUAAACUCAGGACCUUGCCAUUUCUAGCAUUAUGCUCUACCAGUUGAACUAUGGAAAAUUGUGUUAUAAGUACAAAGCUUGAGUGGCAGAGUGGUAACUCUUUACACAUGUACUGCUAAAAUCCUUGAGUGUCAAAUGUCACUCACUAAAAACACAAAAACACAUAGAAUCACUGUCAUCAUCACAUUGACAAGACAACAAAUGACAUAUUUACCUUUACGGUUUUUGUAAUUGCCUAUAUUUUUAUACAAAGUAUAUUUUGUUUUAUACCUUUUUGGAUUGAUGUGUAAUCUAGACAUUCAGUUACUCAUUGGGGGUUGGGGAGGGAGGUGAGAGAAUGAAGAAAAACAUGAAUAUGUAGGAUUGUUGUUUUGUGUAUGUGGAAGUGUAUGUGUAUGAGUGAAUGGUUGUAUUGUUUGUCUCAUUUCAUUUACUGUGGAGAAGCCAAUGUUCUAAGCCACUACACAAUAAACAAUUUUCCUAAUGUUUGCCCACAAUAUCAAUAAUUUAGAGUGAUUAGUAUAGUAUAUGUUCAUUUGCUGUAAUUAUUUUGACAUUCUGAGAAAUCUUGAAAAAAUUAAUAAACUUCUGUUUAUGUCA